GGGGCGCCCUGUCUGCCGCCUUUCCUUGGCGAGAGCGGCCCUUGGGCGCGCUAGCGUUUCCGGGGCAGUGUCAUCAUCGUCACGCUCAGCGUCAGCGUCGUGAUCACCGUCAUCAUGACAACGCUCCGCGCCUUCACCUGCGACGACCUCUUCCGAUUCAACAACAUCAAUCUGGACCCGCUGACCGAGACCUAUGGGAUUCCCUUCUACUUGCAGUACCUCGCCCACUGGCCCGAGUAUUUCAUCGUCGCCGAGGCGCCCGGCGGGGAGCUGAUGGGUUACAUCAUGGGCAAAGCCGAAGGCUCUGUGGCCAGGGAAGAAUGGCAUGGACACGUUACUGCUCUCUCUGUUGCACCAGAAUUUCGACGGCUGGGUUUGGCUGCUAAAUUGAUGGAGCUUCUGGAAGAAAUUUCAGAAAAAAAGGGUGGAUUUUUUGUCGAUCUCUUUGUGAGAGUAUCAAAUCAGGUUGCUGUAAAUAUGUAUAAGCAACUAGGCUACAGUGUGUACCGAACAGUUUUAGAGUACUACUCAGCUAGCAGUGGGGAGCCAGAUGAAGAUGCUUAUGAUAUGAGAAAAGCUCUUUCCAGAGAUACAGAGAAGAAAUCAGUUAUACCUCUGCCUCAUCCUGUAAGACCAGAAGACAUUGAGUAACUUUAAGCUGCAGUUCUCAUGCAAUGUACCAAGGGUCAGGUUCCAUCUCCUAUAACCCGCAACAACUUAUGCAUAAGAAGUUUUAGGCCAAAUGUUUUUCCCAUAAAAUACAUAAAAGCAACAUUGAGAAGCUGACUAACAUUGCUUCUAUUGGUAAUGCCUGUAUACUGCCACACUUACUCUAUUUUUCCUUUCAUGUGUUGGAGAUUUGGAGACUAUUAAAAUGGAAUUACUUCCUGUA